AUGCGCUCGAACCCUAGUAUUCGGCGCGAGCUUAUCACUUAUCAUCAUCAGCGCCCCUCCGUCCCUCCCUCCUCCUGGCGCGUCGUGAUCCAUCCAGCCCAGCGGGUGAUUAAGGUCGCCAUGUCGGAUUCCGAGGACCACCACUUCGAGUCCAAGGCCGAUGCGGGGGCGUCCAAGACCUUCCCUAUGCAGGCCGGCGCCAUCCGGAAGGGCGGCUACCUCGUCAUCAAGAACCGCCCCUGCAAGGUGGUGGAGGUUUCUACCUCGAAGACUGGAAAGCACGGUCAUGCUAAAUGCCACUUUGUUGCCUUAGAUAUAUUCAAUGGUAAAAAGCUUGAGGACAUUGUUCCUUCAUCCCACAACUGUGAUGUGCCACAUGUGGACCGUACUGAGUAUCAGCUGAUUGACAUAUCAGAGGAUGGAUUUGUGAGCCUUCUUACUGAUAAUGGUAGCACUAAGGAUGAUCUUAAACUCCCAACUGAUGACGCUAUCCUGACCCAGCUCAAGGACGGAUUUGCUGAGGGGAAGGAUCUGGCGCUGACGGUCAUGUCGGCCAUGGGGGAGGAGCAGAUCUGCGCAGUCAAGGACGUGGGCCCCAGGUAA